AUGUUGGGUUUCUUGGCUUUCUUCUUGUCCUUUUCCUUCUUGGUGCCGAAAGAAUCCCAGUCAUCAAUAGGCUCCGGGUCCGGCUCCUUCGCGGAUGAUUCUUCCGUCUUCCAGAGUCACCUUCGGGUUCCGGUUCAGGGACAACCGCGACAGCUGGUUCGUCAACCUCCGUAA